CACGCCCGCUGCCCAGCCAGGCACCUCUGUCUUCAUCACACUGCCGUCUUGGUGCCGUCAGUGAACAUGCAGCAGCCCAUCUCCUUCGCUGACCACCCCAUCCAGAUGUGCUGCCCCUCCUGCAACCAGACCAUCGUCACCCAGGUGUCAUACAGAAAGGGCACUGUCACCUGGCUGUCCUGCGGGGUCCUGUGCCUGCUGGGGUGCGCGUUAGGCUGCUGCUUCAUCCCCUUCUGCGUGGACGCCCUGCAGGACGUGGACCAUCACUGCCCCAACUGCAAAGCCCUGCUGGGCUCCUACAAGCGCUUGUAGGCCCAGGCUGCACUCCUGGCCCCCAACCUGUGGGGAGGCCCAUGUCUCCCCUCUCCAGGGGCUCCACGUCUGUGUGUUUGGGGGGGCGGGGGGAGGGGAAUCACAAAAGCAACAACCUCGGGACCCCCGGGAUGGCUGCUGGGGGUCAGAGCGGGGACUCGCAGAGAGCGGCGCAGGCAUGCGCACACACACGCUGGACACCACGGGCGCUGCAGUGUGGUCUGCUUCCCAAAUAAAGACCUUG